UUCCAAAUUUUCCAUUUGAAAAACGAGAGAAAACAAAAUCGAAAACGAAAUUAUUUUCUCAUCUUCCAGGAAAAAGCUCGCGCACACCGACCUCGAUUGGAAUCAAGUUUCACUUUUUCUUUGUCCCAAAACUUCUGGACGUGUCGGUGGGUUCAAGUUGCCGACUCGUUCUCCAACUUCGUGUAUUUGAAUCAAAGACUCAAUUUUUCGCAAAACCCAGGAUUCAAAUUUACAUUCUUCGCAAAACCCAGAAUUCAAGUUAUUAUUUUUUUGUGUGGUUGAUCUCUGCUUACUGGUAAAUUUUGUAGUUUUGAAUUUUUUUACGAAAUUGGGGAUGAGGAGGGCUAAAUUGGAUAGAUUGGGCACCUUCUUCUCUGUCAAUAGGAAAAGAUCGAUUCAGAUUCUGAUCGCUAUCGGACUUCUGUAUCUACUUUUAGUUACGGUUGAAAUCCCCUUCGUGUUCAAAACUGGGUUCAGUACAAUCUCGCCGGACUCGUUGUCUCGACCCAACAGGCUCCAUAGCAAGGAAGACGUGGAGGAAAAGGACGCCCCAAGUCGCCCUCUUGAGCAAGUUUCGCAUAACUCGUACCAGCCGACUCAGAGUCGGCGACCCAGAGAGCCCAAUUUUGUUUCGGGUUUAGUUUUCGACCCGAAAACUUUUGAUUCGGAGCUUUACAAGCCAGCGAAGGUUGCCUGGGAAGUGGGAAGGAAGUUCUGGGGAGAGGUGGAAUCUGGAAAGGUGCAGAUAGAUGCUGGAAAGGUGGAGAACCGAUCCGAGGCAUGCAAGCAUUCGAUUUCGGUAUCUGGGUCGGAGUUUUCGGCACAGGGGAGGGUGAUAGUGCUGCCGUGUGGGCUGACAUUGGGUUCGCACGUAACGCUUGUGGGGAGGCCGAGGGCGGCGCACGAGGAGUUUCAGCCCAAGAUUGCCCUGCUGAGGGACGGUGAGUCGGCGAUGGUUUCACAGUUUAAGGUGGAGUUGCUGGGGUUGAAGACUGUGGAGGGUGAGGAGCCACCGAGACUUUUGCAUUUCAAUCCAAGGUUGAUGGGGGAUUGGAGUGGAAGGCCUGUGAUUGAACUCAACACUUGUUACAGGAUGCAGUGGGGCUCGGCGCUUCGAUGCGAGGGCUGGAAAUCUAAGGCUGAUGAAGAAACUGUUGAUGGUCAGGUGAAGUGCGAGAAAUGGAUUCGUGAUGACGACAAUCACUCAGCGGAGACCAAGGCAACAUGGUGGUUGAGCCGGUUAGUAGGCAGAACUAAAAGGGUACCUGUUGACUGGCCAUACCCGUUUGCAGAGGAGAAAUUGUUUGUUUUAACUCUUAGUGCUGGCUUGGAGGGUUAUCAUGUUAAUGUUGAUGGGAGGCAUAUCGCUUCUUUUCCUUAUCAUAAUGGAUUUUCUCUUGAGGACGCCACUGGGCUGUCUCUGAGUGGGGAUGUUGAUCUGCACUCGGUAUUUGCCGCUUCUUUGCCCUCAUCCCAUCCUAGUUUUGCUCCACAGAAGCAUCUUGAGAUGUCAACCAGAUGGCGGGCCCCGCCUCUUUCUGGUGGCGGUGUUGAACUCUUCAUUGGUAUCCUUUCUGCAGGCAACCAUUUUGCUGAGAGGAUGGCGGUAAGGAAGUCUUGGAUGCAGCACAAUCUUAUCAGAUCAUCAAAAGUGGUCGCUCGUUUCUUUGUAGCAUUGCAUGCUAAAAAGGAAGUGAAUGUUGAGCUAAAGAAAGAAGCGGAGUUUUUUGGCGAUAUUGUUAUAGUGCCGUACAUGGAUAACUACGACUUGGUCGUCUUGAAAACUGUUGCUAUCUGCGAGUAUGGGGUUCGUACCAUGGCCGCUAAGUACAUUAUGAAGUGCGAUGAUGACACUUUUGUUAGAGUAGGUGCCGUUAUCAGAGAGGCACAUAAAGUACCAGAAGGAAGGAGCUUGUAUGUGGGGAACAUAAAUUACUACCAUAAGCCUCUGCGCUAUGGUAAAUGGGCUGUCACAUAUGAGGAGUGGCCAGAAGAAGACUAUCCACCUUACGCAAAUGGACCAGGUUACAUCUUGUCAUCUGACAUUGCAAAGUUCAUUGUAUCCGAGUUCGAAGGGCGUCAAUUAAGGUUGUUUAAGAUGGAAGAUGUGAGCAUGGGAAUGUGGGUUGAGAAAUUCAACAGCUCAAAACCAGUCGAGUACAGGCACAGCUUGAAGUUCUGCCAAUUCGGGUGCAUCGAAGAUUAUUACACCGCCCAUUACCAGUCUCCGAGACAGAUGAUGUGCAUGUGGGGCAAAUUGAAACAACUCGGACGACCGCAGUGCUGCAGCAUGAGAUAGUAUAUGCGGUAUUUCAUGACCCCAUCUCGAGAAUCUAGGACAUUGAAGCUUUUUGCAGUUAUAGCACCGUAUGAUCUGGUCCCUGUACAAAAAGAAAUGGCCUGUAUAAAAAGAAAUUGAGUUUCCAUUUUCAUUCAUUGGUACUGCUCUUCGUCAUUCAUCGUUGUCUUCCUCCCGAGAUUCUUUCAUCGGUACUGCUCUUAGUUUCUUUCUUUUUUGACCUGAUGUUCCGGACUCCCGGGAGGAAGACGACGAUGAAAGACGAAGAGGUCGAGGUCGAGGUCGACCGGAUGUGUGUGCAGGGAGCAUUUCCAGACAAAGAGCUAGACAUGUGCCAACUGAAAAGUAUAUUUGCUUCACAUGGACAUGGAUCUUCAAACGACAAAUCGUACUGGUGUUUUUGGCUGUCAACGAGUUUGGUACCAGUGCUUGACAACCUUGGUCGUCAAGUUUCUCCAACCAGUUUAAUUAACAAAAACACAAGUUGGUUUCAUAUUUUUAUUGCUUAUGGAGUCACCAACUGUUUAUAAUAUGAUCUGUCUUUUAUUCUUUGGUA